AUGAGUGCCAGUUACCAACCGGACUUCCAGCUGCCAUUCGAGGCGUAUCCCUCGCAGAAGAAGUUCAUGCAAGAUGCGUAUACGUGCUUCGAAGAAUCCCGCUUCGGGCUCUUUGAGUCCCCGACAGGAUCCGGCAAGACCAUCGCAAUCCUCUGCAGCCUUCUCACCUGGCUCAGGGACAACAGGGUGAAAGACGCCGUCUCUCGGUUGGGACCCAAAGUUGACAACGACGAGGGCGUGCCUGCAUGGGUCCGUCGCAGCAUGGAAGCGCAACUCCGAUCAAUUGCGGAGGAGGCCAUAACAGCUGACAUGGAGCGCCUGACUGCUACUCGGCAGCGGUUGAAGAGUGACUUUGUCGUUACGGACGAGGGCGUGCGACUCAGGUCCGGCGCCAAACGCGGGCGGGAUCAGGUAGGCGGUGCGCAUCAAAUAGCAAUACUAGAGUCGUGGUGCACAUUACAAACUGGUGGUGUCACCACGACCAACAGUGCAAGCUCUGAUGCGAGGCCUACGAGGAAGAAGAUCCAAGUCGUCAUCUGCAGCCGGACCUUCUCACAGCUGAACCAGUACGUGAGGGAGCUUCGGAGGCUGGGGGCGCUGGCUGGACAAGUUAAGGUCGGCAUCGCGGCUGGGCGUAACCACACAUGCGUCAACCCCGCCGUGCGGGCGAAGUGCCACACGAACGAGGAUUUCAACGAUCGCUGCCGACAGGUCGCCUGUGAGUACCGGCAGGACGUGUCGCCACUGGUUGAAGCUUCAAUGUGCUUUCCAAUGGACCUGGAAGACCUCAGGGCCGUCGGAACUGGGCUGUGCGCGUGCCCCUAUUAUGCAGCUGGGCAAAGCAUGGAAGAGUGUGACGUCAUUCUCGCGCCAUACGUGUCAGUUUUCAAUCCUUCGAUUCGGCAGCACACGGGCAUCGCAACCGACGGGAACAUACUUAUCGUUGACGAGGCGCACAACCUGGUCAGUGCGGUAACCGAAGCCCAAUCGAGUGUAGUACACGCGAAGGCAAUGGCGGCACUCGUUCAGCAAUGCAGGUCGUUUACGGGGAAAUACAUGGGCGAAAUCGGUGGAGAUAAUGAAACCAUCGCCAGUAUUGAAAAGGUAGCCGGCAUUCUCUCCAACUGUGGGAAGGCGCUGAGCGCUGCUAGCGGUUCGCCUCGCGUGUUCACCAUACCCAGCUUCAUGAUUGAGGUGGGACUCGAGGAUACUAAGUUUCACGAUAUCGUCGCGUUCAUGGCCUCGGGUGACUUCUGCAGACGCCUGCGGACUCUGGCCGAGCGAAUGUGGGCGUCGAAGUGCAAAGGAGUCGCACCUACCGACCACUCCAAGCGAAAUCCGCAUCUUUAUGCGGUGUACGACUUCAGGCACUUCGUUACCACGUUGCUCUCUGCCAGUGAGCACGAUCGCGUUAUAGUUACGUCGGAGGCGGACGACGUGGCCAUCGAAAUCUUCAAUCUGGCUGCAGGUAUGUUCCCGUGUUACGUUCAAUUCCAGCGGCUGACACAAGAGGCGAAGAGCGUGCUGCUAAUGAGUGGGACACUGUCGCCCAUGGAGGAAUUCAUCACACUAUCGCCAUCAAGUGCCGACCCAAUCGUGCACCGCAGCCCACCAGUCUUCCCGAUGUACCAGUUCUACGCCACCGUCGUCGGCAGCGGUACGUUACAACGUCUCGACGUCACACUCUUGGCAGAUGAGCAGGGUCUGGAGUUGGUGUAUGACAGCAGCUCAAGGGAGGGGUCACGCGAGUUGGCGGCGUUGUGCAGGAUCGUUGAGGCCGCUGCGUCGGUAACCCCGAAUGGGAUCCUGUGCUUUCUGUCGAGCUACCGAUUCCUGAAGAACUUCCAGGUCGCAUUUGAAAACUCACCAGAGAGGGCCGGAGUCCUCCGACACAAGGCGGUGUUCUUCGAAUCCCAAGGUGCGUUGAUGAAUGCAAGCUGUCUACCUGGUGCAGACAAGGGCAGUUCCGUCAUCGCCGAUUACUCCAAACAAGCUUUGGGUAAAGGGGCCAUACUCUUCGCAGUCUAUGGGGGAUCUCAGAGCGAGGGCGUUGACUUCGCGGACGGGCUGGCACGUUUGGUGAUACUAGUGGGUCAGCCGUACCCACCCGAUGAUAUAAAGCUGCGGCUGAAGCGAGAGUACUUCAGGGCCAAGUGUAGGUCACCUGGGCACAUCUUAAUCCUUGCAACAGCGAAGCAAGAAACCCUGUCGCGAUCUCAGCGUGACGUUUAUGCGAGGUUGGCGGAUGAUAUGAAAACCAUCAUGUGCUUCAAAACCAUCAACCAAAGCAUCGGCAGGGCGAUGAGACAUAAAGGCGACUACGCUGCCGUCGUGCUGCUAGAUGCCAGGUACAAAAGCGCGAAAACGCAACAGUGGCUGCCGCCUUACGUCACCCAAGCACUUGCAAGGGAUCAAGUGCAAAGUCACUCAUCAAAUGAAGUUACGAGUUUAAAACAAAAGCUCGACAAUUUUUAUAAAUCGCAAAACAAAUAG